UGAUUCAGAGUACGCGAAGCAAGCGCGCGGCAACGGGGCGGGCGGGUUGCAGCAACGGGGCGGCUGUUGACUUUCUCAUACUCUGUGUGCGUGAGUGUGUGUGUGGCAAUGGACGGCUCACAUUCUCAUAGCGCAACCGGUGCGUCCCCGGUGUCAAUUAUUCUCCUCGUCCUGGUGUGCGUCGUGGCCGCCGCCUCGGCGCGUCCACAGCGCGGCGCUCCAGCAGCGGCCGAGCCCAUCGCCAUCGUCAACCUGCAGAGCGAGGUCAACCUGGACGGCACCUUCUCCUACACGUACGAGUCGGCCAACGGCAUCAAGGCGGAGGCCCGCGGUCAGCCCGGCCAGGGCCCGCCCGGGGAGGAGGGCGAGUCCGUGCAGGGCUCCUUCUCGUACGUGGGCGACGACGGCCAGACCUACUCCGUCACCUACACGGCCGACGAGAACGGGUUCGUGCCGGCGGGCGCGCACCUGCCCACGCCGCCGCCCAUCCCGGAGGCCAUCCAGCGGGCCCUCGAGUUCAACGAGAAGAACCCCGAGCCGGAGGAGGGCGCGCCGCGCAAGGGCCGCUAGUCAAUGGAGUGUGUGCGUGUGAGUGUGUGCGUGUGUGUGUGCGGGCUGUAAAUAAACGAGAGGGCGACGAAUA